UUGUAUUAGAAAAAUUAGAAAAUAAUAAAGGAAUCGGAAAGUCCAAUUUUGUCCGUACAAUGUACAAUGAGAUAUACCUUACCUAUGCAAAAUACUCUUCCAAGUAUAAUACCUGGGUGCUAAUUGAACUUUGCCAUGGAAUGUAUAACGCUUGCG